AAGAGUGAGAGUUAUGGACAAUGAUCUGAUGCGGUCUGAUUCUCAGUGCUGGCUUCUGAUGGAAGAAGUCCAACGUAAAGAAGAGGAGCUGCAAAAGGCAGCCUUACAAAUAGAGAAGCUUGAAAGUGUAACUUUAGAUUCACAAUGUGAAAUUGAGAGUUUAAAACUUGAUUUGACUACACUUGAGCAAAGACUAUUUGAUGCUGAGAGGUUUGGCCAGCAUGCUGCUGAGUACAAAGCUAAAAUUGAGAAGCAACUGAGAGAGUAUGAGCUCCAGCUGCAAGAGGCACGAAAGACAAUUGAUCAUCUUGAAGUUGAGAAUACACAACUGAAAAAGGAAUUCUUGCCUAGAAGGGUUCCUAAACAAUCCUCUUCUACAUCUGUGGAGCAACUUGACAAAACAUUGGAGAAUGAUGGUCAUGCAAACUAUGAAAGAGAUCAUGGAGUUCUUGAAAAGAUAGGGAGGCAAAAUGAAGAACCUGAACUUCUAAUUGAGCAGCUUAAGGUAGAACUUCGAGAACAGAAACUGAAAGCAAAGGAGGAUGCGGAAGACCUCACUCAAGAAAUGGCUGAACUGAGGUACCAGAUAACGGGCAUGCUUGAGGAAGAAUACAAGCGCCGGUCUUGCAUUGAGCAAGCGGCUAUUCAACAAAUUCAGCAGCUGGAGGUUCAGGUCUCCAAAGAGCAAACAGAAUUGAGCGGAGCUCUAAGGCGACUGCAGGAAUCCCAUGAACUAGCUGACACACAGGCUAUGGAGAUUAAGAAACUGAAGAACGCUUUAGGGAGGCUGGACUCCGCACUGAAUCACGGGAGAGUUUGCAGAUCUUGUUCUUGCGGGUUCUGUUCAAUGUUGGUAGAAUUGUCUAAGUGCUCGAUUGAAGGGUCACUCGAUCUGAGACCUUCCAACUCUAGCAAAAUUGAUGAAACUUGGCAGAACCAAGGGCUGCUAGAGUGGCGUCCUGAUGAAGCUUCAGCCAGUGACACAGUAUAGAAUGUAGAUAUGCUAGAUGCACUCAUGUUUGUGCAGCUGCUGUAUAGAAGAAUUCUUUGUGCUACUGCUGUAUGUAAAUGCAUAUGCAUUUGUAACCUUAGUGAGCUGUUUUAUUUGCGGAUUAGUUUCCCAGCGUCCGCUUGGAGUUAAGCUCCAACGAUGAUGCCAAUGUAACUUGUAACACUUCAUUCAUCAUGUCAAAUUCAACCUCACAAGGAUGUUACUCAUAUAAUAUGAUGGUAGCUGACACAGAUCUGCAAAAUGAGAAUGGUGUGAGUGGCA